AUGAGCGACGACGGCAUCAUGGCCUCCCCUGUGGUGGAGCCGCCCAAGCGGGAGCAAAAUUUUCUAGUGAGGGUAGGGAUGGACGCCUGGACGCAGCCGUUCGCGGUUGCCCACAAGGUCAGGUUGGUGCACAUCCUCAAGAAUCUCCACACCUCGGAGGUCAAAAUCUACUCAGACGCGUCCAAGGAGUUCAUAGGACUACUGGAUGGUGAGUCCGGCGGGGAGGUGCUACAGGAGUACGUGCAGCAGUCGCCGCAGCUCAGGGAGCUGAUCGAGGCGUGGUGGCUCCACCGAGAGAAGCCAGGGAUGGCGUACAUACUUUCCCUCUUUGCGGCCGUCCUGGGCCACCCUGAUGGUAAGCUGCGGCGACAUGGUUCGGUUAAGAAGAGCUUGGACAGUGUCGCUAGGAUGAUACUGGAGGAUAAGGAGAAGAUGGGGGAUGUGUAUCUGGAGCUGAACAGUGGCGAGUUCCGACGGCAGAAUGCCGCGCUGGAUUUGCUUGCUGCAAUUGUCAGGCGUGGAGGGGGUUUGGCGUCGGAGGUAGCUGAGAGAUUUGAUUUCAAGAUGGCUAUUUUGUCGCAGCUCGCUGGGACGAUGAAGAAGAAAGGGAGCAGGGAUGGAGGGAAUCGGCGGAAGGGUGCUGAAUUUGGGUCCACAAGGCGGUCAUUUAUUGGGUUUGCCAUGUCGUUUUUGGAGGUUGGGAAUCCAAGGCUGCUAAGAUGGAUCCUUCAACAGAAGGAGGUAUAUUCAGGAGUUCUUCGUGGGAUUGGAAAUGAUGAUGCUGAGACCGUCAUGUACGUCCUCUCAACUCUGCGAGACAAUGUCCUGGUAGAUGAGUCACUUGUCCCACCAGGGCUCAGGAGUGUCCUCUUUGGAAGUGUCACAUUGGAGCAGCUGAGCUUGAUCUCAGGGAAUCUUGAUGCAGGGGAAGCAGCUGACAUUGCUCAUGAGGUAUUGGUCAUGGUGUGCACUGAUCCGAAAAAUGGAUUGAUGCCAGGAUCAAACUUGAGAGGUAAUGAGAAACGCUUGCUAGAUCUCAUGAAAAAGUUGAAAGCUACUGAGGUUGCUCACCACAAAAAAUUGUUGCUGGCCAUUGUGAGUAAUAGGCUGUCUCUUUGUUCGGCGUACAUGAAUGAGUUUCCUUACAAUAUUGAACCACGGUCGUCUCCUUCAUGGUUUUCAGCCAUCUCCCUUGCAGCUGAUGUCAUAGCUUCAGCAAAAUGUGAUAGCAUUGUUCAAACUCUUUCAUCCAAUUCACAUGGUCUGGUAUCUGUAGAUGAUGAAGAAGUUCAGCAUGGUUCUCUGAGGCUUGUUUUUGAAUCAGUUAACCUGCUUUGUUAUAUUAUCGAAGCCAUCAAUUGCAUGGUAUCAGAAGGGAGACUGAAGUCAGAAUUCAUUGGCUCAGAGAAAGUAACCAUGAAAAUAGAUGAUUUCCCAGUAUUAAGCUGUUCUGAUGGUACAGAUGCAUCCUUAGUUGAUGAGGUUCACCAGGGAGAUGAAAUUCAGGUCAAGAGGUGGACAUCUCUAAGAGAAUACAUCCAAGAUGAAGUUCAUGGAGCUAUGCCUGAUCCUCAAGAUAAGGACGCAUCUGAAGAACAAGACCUGGACUUAAAAAAUGACCGCACAACCUCCUUGUGUGAGAUAUGGAGCUUAGAUAAACAAGAUCCGAAGCUGAAAGAUGCAAAUGUUGUAGAACAUGUCUUCCACUCGAAGUUGCUGGAUGUUCUCAGGCUUUAUUUGGGGGUGAUGCCCAGCUCUUUUGAUGGAUCAUAUGACUUCUUUAAGAUUAUACCACCUAACCCAUUGGAUCUGUCCAUGGAUGAGCAGCAAUCCCUGUUAUCUCUUUUACUUGAGUAUUCAGGCCAAUCUAGAGGAUAUUUGGACCCAGAAAGAGCUCCAGAAUCAAUGUACAAGUAUCUGCAACCCAUGGUUUAUAUCAUGUUGCAUUCACAGAUUAAGAACAUCCGUGAUCAAGCAUAUAUUUUAGUUAAAGCUGCUAUGGCAAGUUCUGGUGCAUUUGAUCAUAACUUCACAGAGAUUGAUGCAUGGUUGGUUUUCUUGCCUGGUUAUGAGUCCAAAUGGUGUGUAAGAGAGAACCUAAGAGUUGGAGCACCUAAUAAAUUAUCACACAUUGUGAUCCCUUUUCUGUGUGAUGCUAUUUCGGUAGUUGGUAACAACCUAUAUAAAUACCAAGAGCACACACGCAAGCUUAUCUCUAAAUCAGGCCAGUUGGAAGGCUGUUCUCCAGCUUUCAGCCCUCUGAUUAUUUGUGUUCUUCAGAAAUGCCUUAGGCUACUCGGCAUAGAGUCUGGAAGUACAAAGUUACACGAGAAGUCCACAAUUUCAUUGUAUGUGUGCAACACGAUCCACCUUAUUCUUCAGUCUCAGGUGGACGUGCAUUUAUUGCCCGAUCUUAUACGUACUGUUCUAAAUGAAAGAUUUGAUAAAUUUUCAUCCCAAGAACUGAACUCUAGGAUUUAUCUUGCUGAGUGGAGGCCAUUAACAAAUAUGCUGCAUUUCUUGAGGAGAAUUUCUGACCAACAAAAUUAUAGCCUGUUCAACAUGCCGGAACAUUCUCCUGAGUUUGAUGGUAACUCGUUGUGCUCUGUAUCUAGACAGGUUGAAGAAAUGUUGAAUCAAGAGCAAACUAAUUCGCUGGAUGAUGUAGCAACUGCAUUCUUAUUUUCAAUCAUAUGUGCACCUCCAAAAGAUGUUAUCAGUGCCUUUCCAGAUCUUCUUGAUGUUGUGAAAACACGUUUUCCAUCUCAUGUUGCUUUCUUGUCCUCGGUUCUUUUUCUGCAACAUGAUUAUCUGGCUAAAGUUGCUAGUUGUUGGCCAGAUAUAUUCUUCAGCAGCAUCAGACUGUUCAAGGAUGAUAUCAGUGUUGACCAUGUAAACACAGUUGAGGAUUUAAUGGCAGAACCUCUCUGUUUCAACAGAAUCAGCUCCGCUAAGGAAGCACAUAAGGAUGCACUUCUAAGACUUCUUGAAGUUAAAUUGUCUGAUUGCACAUUCAGUGAGCUUACCUUGUAUCUGAGAGUCAUCUUGUUCUGGACUCAUCACCUACUGUCAUCAUAUACUAUUAAGGAUUCAAAUUCAAAUAAUCUUGAGCAACCAUGCCAUUUGUGCUUUGGUCUUCUUGAUAGAGUAUUCGAGCGUAUUCAAGUUUUGACUGCUGACCUUUCACAGUCAAAAUCUACAUACCCAUCCUAUCCAGUUCAAUGUAUCCAAGACAUUGUUGAUUCUGUUCUUCGGCAUCCUGUUAUUACCCUGUCUUUGUCAUGCUCUUUAUCCAAUUGCCAAAAUUUAGCAGAUGGGAGUUUGGAACAUCUGGAAGAAGCUUUGGCUAUUUUUGCGAAGGAAAAUCUGCACCUUAUAGAUCGUUUUGUUCUAAACCUUUUGGGUAAAUUGUAUGACCUUUUGCUAAUGUUUGGUAGCUAUGGAGGUAACUACUCUUCCGAUAAUGGCCCAUCCCAUGAGUCACUGUUUGCUGCUCCAAAUCUUCUGCUGGAGAACAUAAUAUUGCUGUUCAAGGAGAAGUUUGAGCUCUGCAUGGACAAAGUAAACUUUGGAUUGCUUUUGCCAAAUUUCUACAUGGUUCGCACACUGUCAAAAUUCUUUUCUCCUGUCAAACUCCUGGACCUUGCAAAUUGGAUGUUCUCAAAAUUGGACGGUCGCAGCUCCAGUUCACCUGCUUUUGUUCCUGCUGUUUUGAUGUGCCUAUAUAUUACUGAUGUUGCCAUGGAAAUGCUGUGCUGUUAUCUACAAAAAACUGAUCAGAGAUCAGAAUCCCAUCUAUUUCGGGACUUGGAGAUUCAUAAUUCUGAUAUCAAUGCCAUUCAGCAAGCCUAUCACAUCAUUCUUCAUUUUGCUACCAAAUGGAAUAUUGAAUUUGCUGAUCAUUGCUUGCUGAAGAUGCUGUGUCGUAUUCAUCACACAGAAAGAUGUGCAGGAUGGAACACUGACUAUAUUGCAUUCCAUAUGAUAUUAUCUACAAUGGCCAUCAAUACUCCCAUUGACAUUCUUCAUCACUGCAUCUUUCGCACAUCUAAGGUUAAAGCAAAAGCAAUCCUGUUGCUUUUGGAAGCAAGUCCUAUGCAUCUGAACCUUUUUAGCCAGAUAUUCUUGGAAAUUUUAAAUAAAGACACUUCUCUUUUGCAUGUCAAGGAUUCUGAUUCUAACACUUUGGCUCAAGAAGAUGGUGCUAUACUUCUGUUGCCUGCUGCUUUAUCAUGCUUGAAGUUUCACAGCCAUGACAAUAGGCAGUGUGCUGAAUUCCUUGAACCAUUUCCAAUCUUUUAUUCUGAACUACUAUUAUGUGAUAAAGGGUUUUCAAGUUGGAAAAGCUUUGUUACCCGGAGCAUUUUUGAGGAAGAUUUUAUGGACUUUAUACCCACAUCAGUUGAAGAUAUAAUGGUUUAUUUCAGUAACACUCUCUUGGGGAAGUCAGUUACGAUGUUGCACUACUACUUUGCAUCGAAAGAAAUUUCAUGGAAACAACGCUUGGAAAUAGUUAGUUCAAUUAUUCCAGAGUCAUCUGAGCUAUUAGAUUCUGAUGAUGUUAAUGAUAUUAAUCCCACUUCGUGCAAUGGCAUUAUGAAGUUUACUAAUGAAUUGUUCGCGAAGGUAUCACUAAUUAGACUGUUAUUAUCUCCUAGAAAAUCAUUGUCCAAUGAAGUAGCUUCAGAGAGGGAGUCCAAGAGAGUGCACAAAGCAAAGCUAAAUUUCAUUAGCAUAUUGGUCAGAACUAUCGAUAGAAUACUCAUGAAUUUCCCAUCGAGUGACAAUAUCUUCUCACACUCUACCAAGGAAAGAAAGGUCAUCUGUUUUCUGGAAUAUGUAAUUCUCAAGAAUAUCAUUGAACUGUCUUCAGAGAUUCAAAGCUAUCUAAAUCAGCUGAAAUCAGUACCUUUCCUUGCCCAAUUCAUCAGAUCAUCCCUCUUGCAUAGAUUCAAUGAUCCUGUCACAAUAAAAGCAAUUCGAUGUAUUCUUGUUGUGCUAUCACAAGGAAAGUUCUCAGCUGAUGAAAUUAUUGAACUUAUACUGGGUCACUCCAAUUUUGUAUCGACAAUAACAUGCAAUGAAGUUUCUGAGUAUACAUCUGCUUGUAACACCACAGGGGGGAUGCUACAGCCAGCUCCAAGUAUUUUGAAAUUAGUUGAUUCUUCUUUCAUGGAAGAAAAUAAGACAGAAAUUUCUAUUGCAGAAAAGAGAAGAGUUGAAACCAUCAGAUUACUAAGGGUACUGUAUGAUAUUAAGAGCAGACAACAGAAUAAUAGCCAAUUGAGUGAGUCAAGAGAAUUAGUUUUCUUGCUUUUGUCUGUUUAUGGCGCAACCCUUAGUGACACAGAUUUGGAGAUACUUCACCUUAUGAAUGAGAUAGAGUCACCCGAGUGCCGAACCAUUACUGAAGUCGAUCAUCUGUGGGGAACUUCUGCUCUGAAAUUCAGAGAAGAACUGAAACUAGAUUUUUCAAAAUCAGAUCGCAUAACACAGAGAAUGCUGAAAUUACUGAAAGGAGAAGAGGCGCUCUUUGGGAGAACAUACCUGUUGAUUCCAAGCUCUGUGCAAAGACAUCUUUGCUAUAUUGCUAUAAAAAGAUCUUCAAGGGCUUCUGUUUUCUCACUGGAACAGCUUCAACGGGAUAGCUUUGCUGAUAGUUUCAAGGUAACAUCUCAAAGAAUGGAUGUUGUUCAGAUUUACGAUCCUAUUUUUAUAUUGCGAUUCUCAAUUCAUACUCUUCACAUGGGUUACAUUGAGCCUGCUGAAUUUGCCCGACUAGGGCUUCUUGCAAUCACACUUGUUAGUAUAGCAUCUCCUGAUCAUGAAUUAAGGAUGUUGGGCUAUGAGUGCCUAGGAACAUUCAAAAAAUCCCUUGAGUAUGCUCAGAGAAGCAAGGAAACAUGGCAGCUUCAGCUCCUUCUGACAUACCUUCAGAAUGGGAUAUCCGAACAGUGGCAGAAGAUACCUUCCAUUAUUGCUGUUUUUGCUGCAGAAGCAUCUUUGACGCUACUGGAUGGCUCACACGCUCAAUUUACUGUCAUUAGAAAUUUUUUAAUGCAUUCCACUUCUGUCAGUCUGCAGAGCAUUCCGUUAUUUCCAACCUUAUUGCAGAGCAGUUCUGUGCAUUUUAAAGCUGAACGUUUGUGGAUGCUUCGGUUAUUAUCUGCUGGAUCAAAUCUAGCUGAUGAUGCUAAAAUAUACAAGAGAGGAAGAGUCUUAGAGCUUGUUCUUGCCUUCUGUUCUUCACCUGUUUCAGAUUUUGAAUCGAAGGUUUUAGUCCUUAAGGUGCUGAAGAAAUGUGUCAAGCUGCCAGUUCUAGCUCAUCAUCUAGUAAAAGAGUCUGGCAUUCUGUUGUGGUUAUUGUCUGUUAUUUCAGUCCGUAGUGAAGGGUCUGAUGGUUCUGAAAGCUCCUGGUCUAGAGUAACUGAGUUAGCAUUGGAGGUAGUCAAUGGUUUGAUAUCAUCAAGAUUAAUCACAGAUUGGCUCCAAGAAACUGCCCUUGAGCAGCUCUCGGCAAUAUCAUCAUACCUUUCUGUCCUCCUAAUUAACAAUGCCAAAUUAUUGAAAGGAAAUGCUUGCUUGUUGACUUCAGUGCUAAGUGUGAUUACAUCAACAAUGAGGUUGUCUAUGAAAAGGAAGAUAUACCAACCGCAUUUUACCUUGUCCCUCCAUGGUGUAUUUAAUCUGUGCCAAGCUAUUGGUGGUAGCUCAAGAAGUACAGACCAUAAGCUUGCAAUGGAACUUUGUAUCGAUGCAAUUCUGAUGAAUGGUCCUAUACCAAUUUUAUCUGAAAUGGAUAAGUCAAGAAUAUCAAUGGUUGUUUCUUGGGCAACUUCAAGCAUCUUCUGGCUGUACUCCAACCAAAGAUCUCUGUUGGAAAUAUCCUGCAAAGAGCCACCAAGAAAUGAUUCUCUACAAGAUUUUGCGAUUUUGUUAGCUGCUUCUGUAAUACUUGGAAAGAUAUCUAGCAUCUCUCAUGGAAAGAGUGUAGAUCUUGCACGGAGCACCAGAAGUCUUGAAACUCUUAGGUCUUUCUUGGACGAUGCAUGUGAAAGGGUUGAAACGGCAACGAGUUGCAGUGCAAAUGAUACUCUAGCUGUCAUUAUACUGUACCUUCAAGACCAUGUGGCAAAGAACAGUGAUUCCUUGCCAUCAGUUGUUACAGCCCUUUGCUUGUUGCUUCUUGACAGAUCCAGUAAGCAAGUGAACAAACACCUGGCCAACAACCGUGGGAAAAUGGAAAUGCUUUGCUCAAAGAUACACUGCCCGACUGAAUCUAAUCCUGCAUGGAGAUGGCAUUACUAUCAACCCUGGAAGGAUUCUGCUUUGCAGCGCACCGAGAUGGAGCGCCUGGAAGAAGAGCAGGCCUGCCGAAGCCUCCUGGUCCUAUUUUCCAAUGCCUUCAGUUCCUGCCUGUCAGAGUUCCCGGUGUUGUCCCUAGAUGAUGUUGAGAAGUCUGGCCUUUUCCAGUGGGAAAGAGACUCCAUGAUUAAACAGUCUUCCACUUAG